CUUAUCCCGCAGAAACUAGGAGGCACGGGAGAGUCGGCAAGGGGAAGAGAGUUUAUGUGACGCUGCCGGCAGCGGGAGAGGGUGGGAUGGGGGCGGGUGUCGGUGUAGGGGCACACGGAAGGGACGGAUAUCAUUGUGACACCGCAGGGACGCGCUGAGGAACGGAUGUUGGUGUGGCCCGGGUGCACGCUGAACCAGCAGGCGGAACCGGGUGGCCAUGGGGAUGUGGGCAUCGCUGGACGCGAUGUGGGAGAUGCCGGCCGAGAAGCGCAUCUUUGGGGCCGUGCUGCUUUUCUCCUGGACAGUGUAUCUUUGGGAGACCUUCCUAGCACAGCGGCAGAGAAGGAUAUAUAAAACAACAACUCACGUACCACCCGAGUUAGGACAGAUAAUGGAUUCUGAAACAUUUGAGAAAUCUCGACUGUAUCAAUUGGAUAAAAGUACUUUCAGCUUCUGGUCUGGACUUUAUUCUGAAAUUGAAGGCACUCUUAUUCUCCUCUUUGGAGGAAUACCUUAUCUCUGGAGACUUUCUGGACGUUUCUGUGGUUAUGCUGGCUUUGGAUCAGAGUAUGAGAUUACUCAGUCCUUGGUGUUUCUGCUGUUGGCUACACUUUUCAGUGCAUUGACGGGUUUGCCAUGGAGUCUUUAUAAUACUUUUGUGAUAGAAGAAAAACAUGGUUUCAAUCAACAGACGUUGGGAUUCUUCAUGAAAGAUGCAAUCAAGAAAUUUAUCGUGACUCAGUGUAUUUUAUUGCCUGUAUCUUCACUACUACUUUAUAUUAUCAAAAUUGGGGGUGACUAUUUUUUUAUUUAUGCCUGGCUGUUCACAUUAGUUGUGUCUCUGGUUCUUGUCACAAUCUAUGCUGAUUAUAUUGCCCCUUUAUUUGACAAAUUCACACCUCUGCCUGAGGGAAAGCUUAAACAAGAAAUUGAAGUAAUGGCAAAGAGUAUUGACUUUCCUUUGACUAAGGUGUAUGUUGUUGAAGGAGAUUCCAAUACUAGGCAAGAAGAAAACCACACAUAUGAAUAUGAAGAACAGAAUAAGAAACAAGGAUGUAAAAAUGAGGAGGUGCUUGCUGUACUAGGACAUGAACUGGGGCACUGGAAGUUGGGACACACAGUCAAAAACAUCAUUAUUAGCCAGAUGAAUUCUUUCCUGUGUUUUUUCUUGUUUGCUAUAUUAAUUGGUCGAAAGGAGCUUUUUGCUGCAUUUGGUUUUUAUGACAGCCAACCCACUCUCAUUGGACUAUUGAUCAUCUUUCAGUUUAUUUUUUCACCGUAUAAUGAGGUUCUUUCUUUUUGCUUAACAGUCCUAAGCCGCAGAUUUGAAUUUCAAGCUGAUGCAUUUGCCAAGAAACUUGGGAAGGCUAAAGACUUAUAUUCUGCUUUAAUCAAACUUAACAAAGAUAACUUGGGAUUCCCUGUUUCUGACUGGUUGUUUUCAAUGUGGCAUUAUUCUCAUCCUCCGCUACUAGAGAGACUUCAAGCUUUGAAAAGUUCAAAACAAGACUGAGAUGCCCAGGGUCUGUGACUGAAGACAUUUCUGAUUAUUUCUGUCCUGGCAGCAUGUUCUAGCUCUUGAUGUUUUUAAACUUUUGCUUUUUUUAAAGAAAAAUUACUAAGUACAUAAAAGCCCAGAUUUAAUUACAUUCAGUAUCUCAUUUCAAAAAUGAUUUUAAUAAUCCAUUUCUUAAACACUGGAUGAAAAUUUGAGGCUUAAUGGUUUUUAAAGGCAUAGUUUUAUCUUUGAGAUUAAUUUACCAUCAACUUGUAAAAUUAUUUGAGAAAAUACAGAAUUCGUUUUAUUUAUACACUUAA